GUCCUGCUGUAGUGGGACCAAGCGUCGAGCCGAGUAACCGUAUCACAAAUCUUCCUCCACUGCCACAAUCACCGGGCAUGCAGCGCCGGUUGGAGGGUCUUCAUCAGAAAGCGCCUAAUAAGGAACUCUCGCCGAACAUACGACUCAUGAUUGCCAAGUACAACCAGCGCCUGACAACGGAAAAAACGGGUACUUCACCGCACAGUUCCGGGUCAUGUUCUCCCGUUGCUUGGCGUUCGCCCGUACUCGACCGUAGGGUACGGAAGCAGACGGAGAAGUACCAGGAAACGAUACAGUUGUCAAAGUCGGCCAGUGCCGGUAGCAUACGGAAGUCACUACGGCAACUGGAAGACGGUCAGAAAGGAGAUAGCGAGGAAUUAUCACUCCAUACGCCAGGAGUUGGUGUCACUGGGGCCAUUAAGUCAUCCAGCACGAGUAAGAUCGAAGGCACUGUCAUGGAGGAAUCGGCAUUGGACAAAAGUAUAACCAAAGAGGAGUCUCCGGAGCUCGCUACCUUCCUUGCGUACGACAGUCUGCGACGGCGGGAUACACUAUCGCGUUUGGAAGAUCGUCGAGAAGCCGCGGCAGCGGCAGCAGCAGCUGCUGCAGAAGCAUCGGUUGCAGCGGCAGCAGCGCUUGCCUCCCAGAUUGAAACCCCCAACGACACUCCGUCUGUUCAGGUUGUCUUGGCUUCCGCCAGCGCAAAUGGAUUGACGGGCACGAUAAAAAAGGAACGCUUGUACAAGAAACGAACCGAAUCUCCGAAUGCCAACCCGCAUGCAUCGGUUAGUACAUCGAAGGCCGUUUCACGCGGUGAAAAAUAUACUCGCUGUCGCUCCGUGCCGAACGAGGAGUGUGUCACAGAGGUGUUCAUCUCAUCGAAAGCCCUAAAACCACCUAGCCCUCGGUUGAUUGCCCGGAGACGGCAUAUAGCGGAGCAGCGACAGCAGCGCUCCGACUGUUCUCAAUCGGCACCGACAACACCGCUGGAAGAGCACCGUAGCAUCCUGGUGCCGAUGAGUCAACGAGCGUUAAAGUUAAAGAAAGCGAAGGAAGAGUUCCUGCGGGCCCCCUCGACUAUCGUCGAUCGGUCGGCCCUAUCGACACCGGAACCGGUCGUAUCGGAUUGGAGCAAUCGCAUUAGCCAAAUCAGCGCCACAAGUACCGCUUCGAGCGUACUAGAUUCCGUUAGCUGUGAUCUGCAGCUCAUGAAGAGUGCCAGUGCGGGGGUGAUCGGUGAUGCGACGGGGAUGAUGGAUCAUGAUCCCGGCUCGGUUGGCUCAGUGUUAAUUCGCAACGAAUCCGGAUCGUCUUGCGUCGAGGGCGGUGUUCGUGGUAGCGGUAGUGUCAUAACGGGACGACAUAGCAUCAGCAGCGUGAGUGCGAGUGGUGGUGGUGGUACUGGUGGGUUGUCUGCGACUAGCACCAGUGGCCGCUUCGGUGGACUCUCGAAUCUCGCUUCAAAGCUGCGAAAAGUGAAGCUGAGGCGAAGCAGCAAGGACCUCAGCAAAAUGCAUGCCGUAUCGGCCCUCUGCCGCCAAAGUCUGAUGGUGGAUAUCAGUGGUGAGGCAUCGAGGAUGGGUAGUGCGCACAGUCUCGGUGUCGUUGGACACGAUGACGCUACCGAUGGAUCGGCUAGCGCGAGCCGAAAUCUGGGAGAGCACGGUGAACCGCUGAAGAAGUCCGGCAGUGUGCAGGCUAUCUGUAAUCGCUUCCGGCGUACCGGCGAACGUAAUGAUGAGCUAAAGAAGAGCCGUAGUCUCGGGUUUCUCGAACCCGAUCGUACAGGCUCUGGGUGAUUCACCGAUUGGCGUGCUAGUUGUAAGUUUAGUUGUAGCCCGAUCAGCUACAUCGUUGUGUAUGUUUAUGUAGUAGCGUUCGCUGUUCCGAGUAUGGAGAGCGUCCCCGUAGGUGGCGAGCUAAGAGGACAUUUCUUCUUCUUUGAGCGAUCUUAUCAGGUCAAGUUAUCACCCUUUCCCCUCUCGCUCCGUGUGAUUCCUAGUCGUUUGCAUAGAUCAUUUCCCUAUUCCCUGAUAGCUCCACUCGCUCUGUUACAGAGUCAAGGCAGCCACUGCCAAUACUGACGGGAAUCUUAUUCGCGUCUACGUAGAUCGUUGUUCAGCUAGUCGUCCCUGUCCUGCCGUAUCUGAUGUUGCGCUUGGGUAGCGUAAAGAAUUCGAUGUUUCUCAAUUUCUUCUCUCGUUAUGUACGAAUUCAGAGUCAAAUAUAGAAUACCC